UGGAAAAUCUUUGAAGGGCUUGGCUAACGGAGUUCGACCCUCCGGUUUCUACGGGCUCAAUGCUAUUUUCCCAGUUAGUUUGAAAAGUUUCGUUCCAAAGUAUGAAAUUGUUGUUUCCCCAUUCGUUUGUUUUCCAUUGCUGCUUUCUGGGUUUUUUCCAUUUUUUCGUCUACUGUUAAUUCCUCAAAUUCUACUUUACUCUUAUGGAUCCCAAGUGAGUAAACUAAGUUAGGGAAGGAAAAGGAAAUGUCAACGAAGAACAGAGGAGGCGGUGAGUUUGCUCCAAAAAAUGCAUUCUCUAGGAACUGGGUUCUUCUGCUAUGUUUUGGGAGCUUUUGCGCUGGAAUGUUUUUCACUAACAGAAUGUGGAUGGUUCCAGAAGGUAAACGGACUUCAAUGGUUUCUAGGGUUGCUAAUGCACAAAUGAAGAUAAAAUCUGAGGAUUGUAAUCCACAACGUAAUGCAUACAAUGCAAGAAUAAGUGAGAAUUCAAGGACACAGCUUGGUAUACAGGAACUGAAUGACAUGAUUGCAGAUUUGGAAAGGAAAUUAGCAGCUGCAAUGGAGGAUAACGAAUCUGUAUUAAAGGGAUCUGUCACAUUGGACAAUCCAAAGACUGAUGAUACAAAUUCGAAGAGAAAAUACUUCAUGGUUAUAGGAAUAAAUACAGCUUUUAGCAGUAGGAAACGAAGGGAUUCAAUCCGUAAUACUUGGAUGCCACAAGGUGAAAAAAGAAAGAAGCUGGAGGAAGAGAAGGGCAUAAUCUUACGCUUUGUAAUAGGACAUAGUUCAACAUCUGGUGGCAUUCUUGAUAAAGCUGUUGCUGCAGAGGAGCUCACAAAUAGAGAUUUCUUGAGACUGCAGAAUCACGUCGAAGGCUAUCUGGAGCUAUCUGCCAAGACAAAAACUUAUUUUGCCACUGCUGUUGCUUUGUGGGAUGCAGAGUUUUAUGUUAAAGUCGAUGACGACGUCCAUGUCAACUUAGCUACUCUUGGAACAACUUUAGCUGCACAUCGAAUGAAACCUCGGGUUUAUAUUGGUUGCAUGAAAUCUGGACCCGUCCUUUCACAAAAGGGAGUAAAAUACCAUGAACCAGAGCAUUGGAUAUUUGGUGGAGAAGGAAACAGGUACUUUCGUCAUGCCACCGGGCAGCUUUAUGCAAUCUCAAGGGAUUUAGCAAAGUAUAUACUAAAGAAUCAAGAUGUGCUGCACAAGUAUGCCAAUGAAGAUGUUUCUUUGGGAUCUUGGUUCAUUGGUUUAGAUGUGGAGCAUGUUGAUCAUAGGAAACUAUGCUGCGGUACCCCACCUGAUUGUGAGUUGAAGGCUGGGAGUGGAAGUCCAUGUGUGGCUUCAUUUGACUGGAGAUGCAGUGGCAUCUGCAGGUCUGUGGAGAGGAUAAUGGAAGUUCACCGCCGUUGUGGUGAAGAUGAGAAUGCUGUGUGGGGUACGAGCUUUAGAUAGAAUCAUUGCUUUACAAAGUUACAGACCGACAGAUAACAGAGAAACCAAAGCAUACCCAAAUGAUGAAAUGAUACACAUUUCCGACAUGUCGUUCAGGAGACAAGCCUCGAUGCCAUUGCCAACCAGAAAGAAGACUGAAAGGUCGCUCUAUUUAUUUAGAGGUGGGGAAAGGCCCGUGCUGAAACUUCUUUAAACACGAUCUCUGAAUCACUGAAAAUAUUUCGGCAGCCUUAUUAUUUUUUCUUUUUUACUUUUUUUUUCCUAUAUACUAUAUAGUAAUCAUAUAAUUAUACAGAAAAGAAAAAGAAUCAAAUCGUGAUGCCCUUGU